AUGGCAAUGACAACUUGUUUGACAUGGAUGCAAGAAAAAAAGCUGCAAAAUUAUUUUGGAGAAAAGCAGUUUGUUCUUCUCUAUAAGGCCAGUGUCCAUAAAUUCUCUAAGGAAAGUUUGCUUCAGAGAUGCUCUAGACAAGGACCUGUUAUAGCAGUGAUUUCUAGUGAAGAUCACAUUGUUGGGGCGUAUGCGCAAAAGAGCGAUGAGGAAGAUUUCAUCAUCCUUUUUGCCUUUCACGAGACUACAAUUUCAGAAUGCAAAAUAGGACCAUUUCGACUGUCUACGUUGUUUUAUGCAAGUGUUAGAGAUUUUGAAUUCAGAAUAUAUCUAGAGCAAAAAAAUGUGGCUAUGAGCUUAACUGUGAUGAACCAACUUGGACUACCUCAACGUCGUAUUUCCUUCCAGGAAUGUGAAGUUUUUCGAUGUGAAGAUUUAUUGGACAAAAGGAGGAUGGAUGGGAUUGCUGAGCUCAAGGAGAGCUUAUUGUCUGCUGUAAGAGCUUACGAACCAUAUGGAGGUCUGGUGCACCAAACACGAAUUCUUCUUCUGGGUCCAAUUGGAGCUGGGAAGUCUAGCUUUUUCAACUCAGUGAGGUCUGUUUUCCAAGGCCAUGUAACAAACAAGGCUUUGGUGGGUUAUAAGACAACCGGGAUGUCUGAAAAGUACAGAACAUAUUUCAUUAAGGAUGGGAAGAAUGGCAACUCCCUGCCAUUUAUUCUGUGUGACUCACUGGGGCUGAGUGAGGAAGAAGAAGGGCUGUGCAUGGAUGACAUACCCUAUAUCUUAAAAGGCCACAUUCCUGACAGAUACCAGUUUAAUUCCAUGGAACCGUUCAUACCAGGUCUUGAUAACUGUAUUGACAGCCCAUUACUGGAGCACAGAAUCCAUUGUGUGGCAUUUGUGUUAGAUGCCAACUCUGUUGAACACCUCUCUCAUGAGAUGGUGGAAAAGAUCAGAAAAAUUCGAAGGGAGCUGAUUAAGUGUGGUGUGGUCCAUGUGGUGUUGCUCACUCAUGUGGAUACCUUGGAUCUGAUUACCAAAGGUGACCUUAUAGACAUAUACAGAUGUGUGCCUGUGAAACUCAAGCUUGAGGCGGUUCACAGAGAACUUGGAUUCGCUCUCUCUGACAUCUUUGUGGUUAGCAAUUACACUUCAGAGUGGGAGCUAGAACCCAUCAUGGACGUUCUGAUCCUCUCUGCGCUGAGACAGAUGCUGUGGGCUGCAGAUGACUUCCUGGAGGAUUUGCCUCUUAAGGAAACAAGUUGACUUUUUUGAGGUGUAGAAGCUUGCAGGUGUCAGCUUCGUGGCUACUUCCGGUUUGGGUACAUCCUAGAGGAUCUAUACUACUUCUCUUCCCCCCGUCUUGUUCUUAAAAUGAAAUAUUUGAAAUGAUCGAUCUCUGCCGUUCCCACUGUCUGAACAUCCCAAGCAGUAUCCUUGCCCUCUUCUGUCAAAAUGGGCUUUGCUGCUUAGGACCCAGAAUGGGAUUGGCUCAGCAUUUUUUUUGAUCAGAUGUGAUCUUUGAUUAUCACUUCUUCCUUCCGACCUUAUACUUCUACCUUUUUUGACUUGACUUUUCAAUGCCUCCCUCUUGUGAAAGCCCCUAUUAAUGCGGUGUGGUCAGUUCUGGGUAAAGGUAGGUGCCUUUCCUGUUUACUACCUCAGAUUUUAGUGUUACGUGUAUUUUCUGUUAUUAACCUGUACAUAAUACAUGCUGCACUGUUCCAAUCAAAGAUCAGACAGAAGUGUCAAUCUAAACUCAGAUCUUAUUUUAGUUUGUGGGAAAUCAGAGUAUCAUAUCAUCUCUAGUUCUCUCUCACUUGCCAACUUCUGGGAAGCUCUCACACUACUGCCUUUGCUGUCCUGACUCUGCCAUUUUGGUUUUUCUGUUCCUUCUCUCCCUCAUGGUACACGCGCUCCCAAAGUCAGGGUUGGCAUAGACAUCCUGUAGCCCAAUGUUUCUUCUUCCUACUGAUUGCUUUUCCUUAAAUAACCCAUUAAGAAUAUUUUGUUUCUCUUUACUCAGAGAUCAGAGGAAAGCAAUGAUCAGAUGUGAGUAAAGAAAUGUGUCUCUAAUUCUGCCUUGCAAUUCUUAUUUAUUUCUAAAGUGCUUGAU